UUUAUUACAAAACUUUUCGCAACAAUUCACUAAUUUUCUUUUAAUUUACUCAAAAAUCAUUUUCAUCACCCAAAAAAAAUGGCAAUUCUUUCAGACUACACUGAAGGAGAAAAUCAAUCACAAGCCAAAAAACCUAUAGAAGAAGAAGAAGAAAUUAAAGAAAAUGAAUCAAAUAAUUCUUCUUCUUCUAAUGAACCAAAAAAAGAAGAAGAAAAUAAUAAUAAGAAGAAAUUACAGCCAAAUCAAUUUAAUGGGCUUGAUAUGGAGAAUUAUACAUGGGGACAAACACUUCAAGAUGUUACUAUUAAUGUCUCAGUGCCACUUGGUACAAAAUCAACAUUUUUAGCUGUGGAUAUCAAGAACAAUUCCAUCAAACUUGGUCUCAAAAAUCAACCACCAAUUGUUGAAGGUGAACUAUUGGAGCCUGUGAAAGCUGAUGAAUGUUUUUGGAGUUUAGAAGAUCAAAAACAAGUAACAAUUUUGAUGACAAAAAGGAGUGGUUCUGAUUGGUGGAAAAGUUUGUUCAAAAAUGGACCAGAAAUUGACACACAAAAAGCUGAGCCAGAGCCAAGUAGGCUGUCAGAAUUGGACUUAGAAACAAGAUCAGCAGUUGAAAAAAUGAUGUUUGAUCAAAAACAAAAGCAAAAAGGGUUACCAACAAGUGAAGAAAUUCAAAAUCAAGAUCAAAUCAAGAAGAUUAUGGAAGAAAAUCCUGAGAUUGCUAAGCAUUUUGCUAAUUCUCCAGCUAAUGCUAAUGGCAAAGGUGGUUUGUCCAAUGUUAGGAUGAUGUCAAGUGGCGGCGGGAUGAUGCGUUAAUUUUAUCGCGUGAUGAAGUUUCUGUUUCCGAUGGGAACUUGAUGAGUUGAUCUACCUAUACGUCUUUAUUUUUAUUGUUGCAUUAAAAGUUAUUUCAUGUUUUAGUUUUUUCUCCUAUUGCUUUUUGAGUUUGUGGGAUUGGAAUUAUGUUCCCCAUCCAUUUGGAAUUGGAAGUAAUUUUCCUAUAGUUUUAGUCAUGACACAUAAUCACAAUGUGUGUGGUGGCACACCAUUUAUUUGUCCGAGAUGAGUGGAUUCACUUACACGUCUUAUGCUACUUUAUGUAUUGCUCGAGAUAAAAUGAAUUAUAAAAUUAUUUGUCUUUGUUA